GGAAGCAUUUCAGUUUUCCUGCAAAGAACGAGUGUUUUACCUGCGAAACAUGCAAAAAUCAAAAGUUGGAGAAGUCAGCAUCACUUCUGAUUUAACAGAAGAGAAAAGGAAAAAGCUCUGUGGCUUACUGGGGAAUGUGGAACUGUCUCUUCUCUACAAAGCUUCAGUUCAUGGAUAUCAAGCUUCUGCCUUCCACCAGCGAUGUGACCGUCAGGGUCCCACUUUACUUGUAGCCUACAACCGAUCAGGCUACAUCUUUGGUGGAUACACUAGUGUAGAUUAUUCUCAAUGUGGGCAGUAUAUUACUGAUAAGGAGGCUUUCCUGUUCAGUGUCCAUGGCAAGAUCCCCAUUUGCAUCAAAGUUAAUAGUGGAUGUAACGCACGUUAUGAUGAUACUAAAGGGCCAAACUUUGGCCAACAGCUGUACUUUUGCUAUAACAACCAGCCAGCUGUGUAUAGUCAAGAAAGGAACGAAUACUAUGACGGAGAUUGUAGUAAUAAAGCAUUCAGUUUUAAAUCUGCAACACUGUAUGGAAAUGACACUCAGCUGACUGAAUGUGAGGUGUACAAAUUAGAAGAGAGUCAGGUCAUUGCAGAGGAGAAACCGUGGAGAAAUGUUCCGUGGACAGCUGAUCGAAGAGACGAGCUCGUGGAAAUUAUCAGGAACCAUAAACCCCUGAUGACAUCUGUGAGUCGGGUCCGAAUCCUAAUGAUCGGUCCUGUAGGUGCUGGAAAAUCCAGUUUCUUCAACUCCAUCAACUCUAUCUUCACUGGUCAUGUGACUAGUAAAGCCAUGUCAGGAUCCGCAGGCACUAGUCUAACUGUGCAGUUUCGCACAUAUCCAGUGAAUGACGGUCGUGAGGGAAAGCCGUUGCCAUUUGUGUUGUGUGACACCAUGGGACUCGAGGAGCAAUCAGGUGCAGGACUGGAUAUUGAGGACAUCAGCAGCAUUCUUCAAGGUCACGUACCAGACCGCUAUAAAUUCAACCCCAUGGCACCGUUUCAACCUGAUGAGCAAAAGGCCUCCAGACCUGCAUCUCUUCAGGAGAAGAUCCACUGUGUGGUGUAUGUGAUAGACGCCACCAAAAUCUCCCUCAUGUCUGACAAACUACAGGAAAAACUUGCUUCCAUACGCAGAAAAGUGAACUCACUGGGCAUCGCUCAGAUCGUCUUGAUGACAAAAGUAGAUGAAGCAUGUCCUCGAGUGGAGGAAAAUCUUCAAAGUCUUUAUGUCAGUUCCUACAUCAAGUCGAAGGUGCAGGAGGUGAGCUCUCGGUUGGGUGUGCCGGUGUCUUGUGUGUUACCGGUGAAGAACUACAGUCAGGAGCUGGAGCUGGAGCUCAACUGUGACGUCCUGCUGCUCACCGCUCUACAGCAGAUGCUUCGCUUUGCAGAUGACUAUUUUGAUGAUAUACGUCCUGUUGAGGGCAACCCUAAAUAAUUUUUUUACAGUUCUUGCGGCUGACAGAUUCAGAAAAGGUCAAAUUAAAAACUCUUUGAAUCAUUUUUGUAACUUAA